AUGGCAGGAGAAGCUGAUAGGGCUGCUUAGAACUCCGCUUAUGAGAAAGAUCUUGUUGAAAUAUUACUUGACUACAAAGAUAACCUCAAAUAUAAAGGUCAAAAUAGUUGGAUAUCGGAGGGUUGGAGGAUUAUCACCAGCAAGUUCAAUGAGAAGUUUCCCGUAGCUCAUUUCUCAAAGAAGCAGGUGCAGGAGGAGAAGGAGAAGGAGCUCAAAGCUAAUUACAACGCACUAAGAGAUGCUAAAAGAGACAGUGGUAAUGGUUGGAAUGAAUCUUUGUGUAUGAUACUAACAGAACCACAAGUAUGGGAGAAGCUAAUUGCGAAUCAUCCAAGAGUAGCAAAUUUUCGCAAAAAGCCAUUUCCCCUCUUUUACCAAUUGGAAGCACUAUAUGAAGGAAGUGUUGCUACAGGAAAUCUAAACUUCACAUCAACCAUGCAAGUGGAUCCACCUUCUGCUCCUGCACCUCCUGUUCUUCCUCCUCCUCCUGCUCCUCCUCCUGCACCUCCCAUUGCUCCUGUUGUUCCUCCUCUUGCACCUACUGUUGAAAGAAGUAACUCUGAAUAA